GCGCUAUAAUAUUGCGCGUGAUAAACUAACGGUCAAUAUUGAUCAAUAAUAAUCUAGUUAUUCUAAACUGCGAUCGAAGGCAAUAGUUGACCUGGCGAAUUUAACAUUAUGCCCUUGAAAAGAACGACCAAGAGUCAUUGAAUAGUGAAGCAACGUUCAGGCCCAAUAAUGGAGAACAAGUACGUUAUCAGCCAAGCUGCAACUGCAUAUGGCCCAGAGUCUGUCAUUGAUGAAAGCAAAUCAGAUGUUCCAGUUAAUAUGGGUUCGGAUGCUCUAACAGCCCCCACAAGAAGACAAAUGAAUUCAGUUAAAAAUCAAUUUGAGGCCUGGUAUGAGAGUCUGAACCCAAGCAAACACAUUACACAUUUGUCAAAAGCAGAGCUGGGUGAGAUUGUUAAAAAUUUCUACAUGACAACACGUAAGAAAGAUGGGAGCCCGUACAAGUUAUGCAGCUAUUUAGCUAUUAGGCGUUGUCUUUCAUUGAUUUUCCAGUUUGACUAUGGUCUUACCCACGUGGACAUAUCAUGUGAUCCAGAGUUCCUGGAUGCGAAUGUCGUGUUUAGCCAGAUGAGCCAUUCCUUGCGAGGGCGCGAAGAGAACUUUGGCUUGACGGAGUCUUGGCGCUUGACGCCAGAAAAGUUGAAAAAGUUAUACACAGAGGGACAGCUAGAUUUUUAUAACUCACAGAAUCCAAAGGUACUCUUGCAGACAGUUUAUUUCUACGUUUGUUACUAUACAGGGAUUGGCAAGUUAAGUGUCAUGCGUCAAGUAAGUAUCAAUGAUGUCCAGGAAGUGACUGAGAAUGGAAGAUUAAUUGCAUUCAACUUCGAUCUAAGAAAGUAUUUACCAACCGAAAGAGGAGUAGGACCGUUCACCAUAUACGAAAUUCAAGGAAAACCUUGGUGCCCUGUUUUAACAAUUCGCGAAUACCUAACUCAUAGAAACAGGAGUGUCCUUCCCUUUUUUCAAAAACCCCUGGCAAAAGCUCAGUGUUUUGGCACACAAGUCUGGUUCAAGAAAUCGCGUUUCAAGGAUAUUUACCCUCUAGCUAAUAUGUGUCGCGAGGCAAAUAUAGACCCACCAUUGACCUCAGGUUGCUUCAGCAAAGCGCGAAUCAGUGCGGAGAUUCGUUACGAGAUGUCGUUCAUCUACGCAAAAUUAUUCCCACAAUGUUUCAGAUCUUCUGAUGAGUUGCAGGCCAAAGUAAAACAGAAUGUUGUUAAGAGAAAACGUAUGCGAAAAGGUUCCCAUGCUAAUGCGCAAAUGUUUCUUACCAGCGGCGAACGCCCAAGUAUUGCUAUUAGCUCGGCACCUUUUUCGUCACUCGCGGCAAAUGAUAAAAAUAGUUUCAAUAUGGCUGAUGCUGAAUCAGCUCCUCCGUCGAUGGUUGUCAGCCGACAUUACCAGCCAAUAAAUCAUGCUUUAGCCAACGGUGAAGGCCAAUUUUCACAAACAAGUGAAAUACCAACGAUCAGUGUUACGAAUGUUUUUUCCUGUAGAAAAAAUGAUCAUCUCGCCGCAGCAACGCAACCGCAAGACUCUGUUAAUCUUGAUAAACUACCAACGCUUAUGCCGGUGCACUCUGCAGCUCUCGAGAAUAUUAGAGAGGCAAAUCAGUCUCCCGCGAAUAUUGACCAGUUAAAGGGAAAUGUGAUUGCGAUAAGUGAUGACAGUCCUGAAGCUAAUAAUGGCUUGCCACAGGACAAAUCGUAUUUAGGGCUGCGAGACUUGCCUCAGAGUUGUUACGUUUCGCAAGAAACUACGCGACAUACGGCUGUUAACGGAGAAACACCGAAAAAACCCACAGAACAAGCGCCUACCUCUGAUUCGACGAUGCACUUCAGCCGGGAUGUUUCUGCCCCGCCUCCUGCGCCUUUGUCACUGGGCGGUGAAAAUUCGCGUUACGAAGUUGCGCCGAAAAGGCCCAGAUUCAACAACACAAGUUAUACGUUUUUGCGUGAAAUAAGUGCAAGUGCUCGCGAACAAGGCAAAGGGGCCGUUAUGCUCUUGCUGUCCUUGCUUGACGACAUUUCAAAUAAUAGGGGAAAGGAGCUCUUGACAGAUAUCCUACAAGAAAUGAAAGUCAUCUAAUGCUUUGGUCUUCCUCGUCCGUUGUGAAAAUUCUCUUUAAAAGACGAGCUUGCAAGUCCAGAGCCUAGUCUAAGUAAACAAAACAUUGUUGUGUUCCACGGUCAGGAGUUACAGAAUAAAUUGGUCGUGGGCGGUUGAAUAAUGUUAGCAUGUUCUGUUUUAUAAACGGAUACGUAUUUACAGAGAAACCUUUAUAUGUUAUGUUUGGGUGACGUAUAUCCUUAAGUUCCUAGUCAUUAUCUACAUUCUGAUUCUUCGGUUAAUCAAUUAGAACUUGCUAGGAUAUGCACAAUGUUGAUGCGGCAUGUAAUUAUUCGUGAUUACCUUAAAGAGAAUUAUUCGUGAUUACCUUGCAAAUUAUUAGCUCGAUAAUGUUAUGUUUUACGGAAGAAAUUUUCUAUCGGUAGCUUGAAAAUUGUAAAAAUAAACUCCGCACAAACAUCUCCCAUAAAGAUAUCUUGUGUAAAAAAGUAUCCUUCUUUAUGGUACGGUCUUAGUGAUAACCACGUGGAUUAUUUACAAAGAACCUAGUGCCGCAAUGAAUCUAGCCUCUCCCGCUGACCUCAUUUUGCCCAAUAUAUAAGCAUGUAAAUACAAAACAAUCUUCCGGUCAUUACGUUUGAAAGAAGCUGACAAUUCUGAAACUUUACGAGCCAGUCCAAAGUAAGGGCUUUGAUAUCAUCAUUUUAAAUAUUCUUACAGUCAAUGCUCAAUGGGAUGGUAUAUGUAAGAAUGGAUUUUCACCCAUGUAAAUCAGGGAUCCCAACAUAUGUUUAGCAAAAUAAACAGACGGUAUCGACUGAUUGAUUAUAGAGUCUAUUGCAGCCUAUAGUUUUUUAUUUAGAUGUUACAAGUCCAAUUUUAAAAAUUAAUAUUUUUCUGAAAUCCUUUUUGCUGUAAUCUUUGAAAUAUCGAGAAUAUCCGAGUCGCACAAGUUGACGCUCUAAAUUUAAAAACUGAGUUUUUGUCUAGUAAAAUGACAAAAAGCGUGUACUGUUCUAGUCUCGGCUGUUCUAGAAAGGUUUGCUUAUGUGGACUUUUGGCAAUUGAUGAUCAUCAAGUUUUAUAUUCCCUGUAGGACAUUUGUUUCUGUUGGUCAAAAUUCUUGAACAAUGGUACUUAUCUUCAUAAUUUGAUCUCCUUGGAUGUUAUAUUUUGAUUUCUCCCGCAAUUCCCUGUUUCAUCUUAUCUAGCAUUCUAUGAAUUCACCUUCGACAUUGGUUACAUUUGCUAGGGGUCUUUCAAAAUAAGCGAGCGCCCAGACUGCCUGGACUCACGUCUGUUUGGCUCCCUGCAUGUUUAUCAUAGCACUGAAUUCACCUACAAUCUUAGAAACGCUGUCAUAAAGAAUCUACUAAAUCUUGUCAUCUUAAUGUACGUAUUUCAAGCCUCAGUAGACAUACAUUUUUCAAUUGUAAAUUAGUAUGUUUGUUUACCUUUUACAAUCUUCAACGCAAUAUGCACGUAUGCACAUUGUCAAUUUUAGGCAUUGUAUAGAGUUUCGCAAAUGUCAGCGUUUCAGCAUUCUGUCAGUGUUGUCGUUUACUGAGAUUUUGAACAGAGAUUCCAGUUGUAACAACAUCUUGUCUCUCUUUUGUUAUGGCUCUGUUUUGUUACCUAUUGCGAGGGGUGUAUCACUCCACGGGAUUUUUUCGGAUUUAAAGAUCCAUUGAUUUUAGGUUUCGGAUUUCAGAUUUUUAGAAAAUUCUUCAGAUUUUUAUAUAUUUGUUUGCCUUAACUUCUCCUUCCUUCAAAACUUUAAAGAAGGGGGAUUUAGCUUCAUUAUACCUCCUCGCUUGACAAUUCUGAUAUCGCCAAAUGUUAGUUGGCACAUUUUAUUGAUUCAUGCAGUUCUGUGGAAAGAACUUAUCAAAACAUAAGUAAUUUAGCCAUGUCCUUUAUACCUAAAAACAUAAAUUAACGAAACAACUAAAUCAAAAGCAUAACAAUAAUGCAGGGUGGACAGGGUGUCAAAACACUCAGCGCACCUUUAUCGGGAUUCUCAAGAUAAUGCUGAUAUUUGAUUUUAUUUGACGCAUACCAUUUGAAUGUACGUUCUGUCUUCAUUCCAACGAUAUCAAGUUCUGGCACUUUCAUUGAAUUUUAAAUCACUUAAUGGACCUUUUAGCUAUUCCACAAAAGAGUCCGGAUUGAGUCAUCUUUUUAUACAAUGGCUCGACUGGGUUGCGUUAGAGUUCUUAGAGCAUAUAUCAUUUUGUCAUCUUAAAAUGCUUGAAAAUCUUCAGCUAUGAUUUGGCUCUAUUUCCAUGGUAGCUCUUGUCCUUUUAUUGCCCUUUAAGCACGAAAGUUAAAUAUUCUUCCUAACAACGACUUGGAGGGAUCAUCUUCUCUCCUAAAGAGGCACAAUUCUCCAGACUUUCCGAUAUUACGUUGCGGCAUGGUUGCGCAUCUGCGGUGUCGAGAUAGUAUUUUGCGAAUUCAAGGGUUGGUGGCUCUGUUCACUUCUUUUGUCGUGGAUGGAUUUAUUGGUGCACAAAAAUAAAGGGACUGGAACAAGAACUCCUGUUACCAAAGAUGACUGCCAACCAGCGAGGAAUAUGACGAGAAACCAUAGAGAUAGGAAUAUAAAAACUCUAGUGUUUUUAUAUUCCUAUCUCUAUGCGAGAAACGGUAACAGCAACAACAACGGAAAGUCUCCGUAUUCACUGCACCGAAUCAUCCAUCUCAUCAUCCCAUCCAUCGUAUCUUUCGACGAUGUUUUCGAUUGAUCCAAUAGAUUUUUGUCCAAAAUGUUAGUCCGUUAUGUGAUUCAGCGCUGAUGUUGCCAAAGUUUGGCCGUAUGUCUUUGACUUUUUACCGGACAUUUCUUGGCUAUUUCUGAGUUAGAAUGGAUUUUCGGAAUUUUAUAUCCUUUGUGCAUCUCUGGAUCUCUGAAAGGGUUUUAGUGCAUUUUUGUGGAUUUUUGGCAACCGUUUGAAGUAAGUUUAUUUAAAAACUAAAGUAUUUUGUAUACAUAAAUAAGUAUCAUCUGAAUCAUUGAAUAUCUUGAGUUUCGAUCUAAAAAGCACAAUAGAGUUUGAAGAGUAAAUCUUCAGGGGAAGUUCGUUGUAGCACUUAGGUCCUUGAAACAGAAAUGGUUUUCUCGCAGCUUCAGUUCUUUAGUAGUGGUAAUCGAAGGCCUGUGUCAUUAUUUCUGGUGUUGUGGGAUUGAGUUCGUAUGUUAAGCAGAGAGACUUUAGAAAAUUUUUAUUCUCAGAGAACAUAGUUUAGAGAACUAAUAAAGACUUAAAAAGUUUCUGUUCGAUAACAGUACAGUUACAAACCCUUCUAUUGAUAGGUAAUUUUCAACCUGCUAGUUUUUUCCAACAAAUCUUCCAAAAAAUACGGGAGAAAAAACAAACAUCAGAAAUGGAUGAAAUUAUGGGAUUGUCCAUCGCUAAUCUUUACAGCAAAAUCUUGAUGAAUUGGCCCUAUUGAAUUUAGACUUUUCUAGAAAUUCCAUAAGAUACCGCAAUAGAAAACAGCAAAAUCGUGAAUAAGGCCAUGCGUUUUCCAACCAUGAAUUCAGGGAUGUCACUUAAGGGGGGUAUGGGGGUGGUUCACCCUCCCCCAACCACGAAAGUAGGACCUUUUCGCGGGGCAAAACUGAUUUUUCCAGGGCAAAUGUUUUCUACCAACGGAUCUGUUUUGUUGUUUUUCCUACGUAACAGAAACAAAACAAGUAGGUUAUGCUUGUAAUUUGUCUACUCCAAAAGUAAAACGAUACAGACUACCAGUGACACGAAGUAAAAAUUGCUAGCGUGAUCUUGGGUUGGAUAGAAUAGAUUUCUAAAUUGAUUCUGAUUUCCUUUCACCUUAAGUAUUACACCCAUUUCUUUGACUGUAACCAGAAGCGUGACUUUAAGAAGGAGUCGACUAUAUACGGUUUUUAUAUCUUUUUUUGUGGAUGAUAUAGGGGGUAUUGUAUAAAUUCCUGUAGGUUAUCAAGCUUAUGUUUGCCAGAUAAAUAUUAUUUCAUUGAUAAAUCUUUUCCAAAAUAUUCGACUACGCCCCAUCGGGACAUUGCUCAAGAUAUGUUGUCUAUUGUUAUUAUGAUUAUGUUGGCAUAAUUUGGGGCGGUUAAUAAAAUUUACCAUUACACUUUUCUUUAUAAGAACCAAUAAAUUGAAGUUCAGGCUGGUUGAUCUUAAUUUUUUCGAAUAUCUUAGGCUGCAUUGUUCAUAAUUUGUUCUUAAAUUUGUGCGUGAGAAAACCUUCAUUUGCCACCAU